AUGACUAUCUUGAACCUCCCCCCAACCGUCUCCCUUGCUGGUAAAGCAGCCAUUGUGACUGGCAGCUCCCGAGGUAUCGGAGCGGGUAUCGCCAUCGAACUCGCUCAGCGUGGCGCCAAGGUUGCUAUUGUUUACCACUCAGACAAAAGUACUCCGGCGGCUCAAAAAGUAGCAGAGAAGAUUAACGCGCUGGGUGGUGUCGCGUCCUUGGUGCAGGUCGAUUUGUCGACAUUGACUGCCGGCCGUGAUGUGAUCGAACAGGCGCUACAGGGACUGCAGGUCGAAUGCAUCGACAUUCUCGUCAACAACGCAGCAGCAUAUCCCCCUUUUCUUCCGGUUGCAGAACUCGACGGGGCAUUGUUUGAACAUGAAUUUAUGGUAAAUGUCCGCGCUCCACAUCUGCUUGUGCAGGCCUUGCUCCCUUACCUUGCGAAGAAAGAUGGCCGCGUCAUCAACAUAUCGUCCGCUUUAUCCCGCAUGGGUGCUAGCAAUCUUUCUCUCUUCGCGGCAACCAAGGCCGCGUUGGAAUGUCUGGGUCGUCAGUGGGCGCAUGAGCUGGCCUGCCCACACAAGAUGACAAUCAAUAAUGUCGCAUUGGGAGAGAUUGACACCGCGGUAGAAGGGGGAGAUAUUCCUGAUGAGUUCCGUGAUGCACAAGUCGAUGGGCCCAGCGCAGCCAAACGUCAUGGCACUAUUCAGGAGGUGGCCAACGUCGUCGCGUUUCUGGCUAGUCCGGGGGCCAGCUGGAUUAAUGGAAAUACGGUCUCCGUGAGUGGAGGCCAUCUUUACAUUUAG